GCUUGAAUAUCGUCUGCUAAACAGCUUUGUUUUCUAACCGCUAUUUUGAAACCUUGUGUAAUUUACUUUGUCAUUUCAUCGUUAAACUGACAUUCUACUUUCCAUUGGUAAAAUGGACAAAAAUUAGUAUUGAAUGUGACUUUUAAUCGUUCACUUUUCAGGUAAUAGAAUUUUAUGAUGGCCACUAACGAUAAUACAAAUAAUUCCAAAUCAUUUUCCACAUCGGAAAAUGAAAUUCGCCAGAUAAUUGGGGAAGACUAUGCUGGAGAUUUGGAAGGAUCACAGCUACAUGCGGUAGUUCCGAAAUUGGAUUGUCCUCACUUGAAUGAAAUCAAUGAAGUAGGACCAGAUGGAAUUAAUAUACAAUCUCCAUGCCUUGACUGUUCUAAUAUUGGAGAGAAUUGGAUUUGUCUGUCCUGUUAUAAAGUAUAUUGCGGUCGAUUUGUAAACGAACAUAUGCUAAUGCACGGAAUUGAGAGUAAUCACCCACUAGUAUUAAGUUUUGCGGAUCUCUCAGUCUGGUGUUACAAAUGCGAUUCGUAUAUACAUCACCCUGCUUUACUUCCGGCGAAAAGAGCAGCGCACAUCAACAAAUUUGGAAUUGAUAUUCAUGUUUGA